AUGCCUUCAACUCCAGAACAGCCUUCUGGGCACAUGGAAGGGCCCCCUGCAUCAGAGGCAGCCUCGUGGCCCCCACUCCCCUGCGGGCCCUGUGUACCCAUCAUGCUGGCCCUGGCCUCCCUCGCUGCCCUCUUCCUCCUGACCACAGCCGUGUUGGCCGAGCGCCUCUUCCGCCGCUCCCUUCACCGGGACCCCAGCAACCGUGCCCCCACACUGGUCUGGCGCCCUGGAGGGGAGCUGUGGAUUGAGCCCCUGGGCACUCCCCGAGAGCGCUCUGAGGACUGGUACGGCUCUGCAGUCCCCCUGCUGACCGACGGGGCCCCAGAACCCCCCACCCCUGGGGGCACCUUGGAGGCUCGAGCAACAGCCCCACCUGCUCCUUUAGUCCCCCACUCCCUUCCCAGCUCCUUGGUCUCCCAGACCCCACCCCAGGCCCCAGCCCGAAGCACCUUCCCGGUACCACAGCCCUGGGAGGAAAGGCCUCCCAACCCAGGCAUGGUGAGCUGGGCUGAACCUGAGCCCAGGCAAGGGGCCAGUGUGUACUUGGAGCCCCGGGGGCAACGGCCAAGAAGCCCCGAGCCUGAGUGGGGCCUUCAGCCUCGAGUCACACUGGAGCAGAUCUCAGCUUUCUGGAGGCGUGAAGGCCGGACCAGCGUGGGCUUCUGA